AAAAAGACAUUAAUAAAACCCUCUUAGAUCAAUCUUCAUUCACGUUCUUGACAUUUCCCUAAUUUUAUGUAUUACAACAUAUGUGACUACGGCAGCAUAAAUUUAACUAGUAGCAGAGGGAAUUGUGUUUUGGACAGGUUUUAUUCAUAUUCAUGUACUAUAAAUAAAGACACACAUUCCAAAUUAUUUUAACUUUGGUAAGAAAACUACUUACAGUCGCACACACCCCAGAAAUAUGGGAAGCUUGCAGCAGCAGCAAGGUAGUGGUGCAGGUGGGAACAACCACCGCAUAGUCUCCGUGGCGGAGACACCACCGGCCGGCAGCAGAGAAUUUGACGGAAAAGACUACGUUCUUGCAGAGAAACCCGGAUGGAGAAACUUCUUGUCAUAUGUUGGCCCUGGUUUCUUAGUCUCACUUGCUUACCUUGAUCCUGGAAAUUUGGAAACUGAUCUGCAAGCAGGAGCAAACCAUGGAUAUGAACUGCUAUGGGUGAUCCUGAUCGGAUUGAUCUUCGCACUCAUAAUUCAAUCACUUGCAGCAAAUCUUGGAGUUAGCACCGGCAAACAUUUAUCUGAGCUAUGCAAGGCUGAGUACCCCAUGUUAGUGAAGUACUGUCUGUGGGUGUUGGCUGAGGUUGCCGUCAUAGCUGCUGACAUUCCUGAAGUGAUCGGGACAGCAUUUGCACUCAACAUACUAUUCCACAUCCCAGUGUGGGUCGGUGUUCUUUGCACGGGUUGUAGUACUCUUCUCUUGAUCGGACUGCAGAAAUACGGGGUGAGAAAGCUGGAGCUGUUGAUUGCAAUCUUAGUGUUCAUAAUGGCAGCAUGUUUUUUUGGGGAACUCAGCUAUGUGAAGCCUCCAGCAACUAAAGUUAUCAAAGGAAUGUUCAUCCCUAAGCUCAGUGGCAAAUCUGCUACUGGUGAUGCCAUUGCACUGCUUGGUGCCCUUGUUAUGCCGCAUAAUCUUUUUCUUCAUUCUGCUCUGGUGCUUUCGCGGAAGAUUCCCAAUUCGGUCCGUGGGAUUAACGAUGCUUGUCGGUAUUUCUUGAUCGAGAGUGGAUUUGCGCUGUUUGUAGCAUUUUUGAUCAACGUCGCAGUUGUGUCUGUGUCCGGAACUGUCUGCUCAGCCGAUAAUCUAUCGUCGGAAAACAAAGAUCAUUGCGACGACUUAACACUCAAUUCUGCCUCUUUCCUCCUCAAGAAUGUUUUGGGCAGAUCAAGUUCUACUGUUUAUGCCAUUGCAUUGUUAGCCUCAGGCCAGAGCUCUACCAUUACUGGCACUUAUGCAGGACAGUUCAUCAUGCAGGGUUUCUUGGAUCUAAAGAUGAGAAAAUGGAUUAGAAAUUUGAUGACAAGGUGCAUUGCCAUAACACCUAGUCUAAUUGUUUCAAUCAUCGGAGGGUCAUCCGGAGCUGGUCGCCUAAUCAUCAUAGCAUCAAUGAUACUAUCAUUUGAACUCCCAUUUGCGCUCAUCCCACUUCUUAAAUUCAGCAGCAGCUCCACCAAGAUGGGACCUCACAAGAACUCCAUAUAUAUCAUCGUGGUUUCUUGGAUACUGGGGCUGGGGAUCAUAGGCAUCAACGUCUACUAUCUGAUCACAGGGUUUGUUGACUGGCUGAUGCACAACAGCUUGCCAAAAGUUGGGAAUGUGUUCAUAGGAAUGAUAGUGUUCCCUCUCAUGGGAGUGUAUGUAGUAUCUGUGAUAUAUCUCAUGUUUCGGAAAGAUAAGGUUGUCACCUUCAUUGAGCCCACAAAGCUCGACCCGGUUGCCCAAACCCGAAUGGAAAAUGGGCAUGAAGAAGAAGGUGGGCUUGAAAUGGAGCAUGUCCCAUAUAGAGAGGAUCUUGCUGAUAUUCCAUUGCCCCAUUAGGGUUUUAAUUUUUUUUUUCUUUGGCUUUCAAGAAAUGUGGCAAUCUGUGGAAAGCAAAGGUUGUACCAUCUGCAGUAGGAGUGGUACUCUGAGGUUGAAGAAACUCUUUUUUUUUUUAUGUAAGUUUUGCUCAAGUUUAAGUGAAUAAUAUGAUGAUCUCACUAU